UCGGAUCUCUGAUACUCUGCGUAACAUCACUAAAGGUGAGCUCAUCUGAAACUUACCAUCUGAGCUGCUCGGUUAACAGGUUAGUGGAGAUUCUGGAGUCAUGAAUCUCUGUAUUUUUCUUCCAGUGUCCUGAUUCUUUACACCUCUUAUAAUGAAAUCAGAGUCCAGACGCCGCUCUUUAGGAAAAUCUCCACAGACUCCUGCUGCUACUGGCUCAAAGAUGUACCACUGCUCAGAUUGUGGAAAGAGUUUUACUAAAAGUCAUCAUCUCAAAAAUCAUGAGCGUGUCCACACAGGAGAGAAGCCGUAUGAUUGUUCCCAGUGUGGGAAGAGUUUUUCUUGUCAGAGUUAUCUCCACCGCCAUGAGCGCAUUCACACAGCAGAGAAGCCGUAUCUCUGUGGACAGUGUGGGAAGAGUUUUAGUCGAGAGGGUAAUCUUAGGGAACACGAGUGCAUUCACACAGGAGAGAAGCCGUAUCACUGCUCACAGUGUGGAAAGAGUUUUACUUGUCAGAGUUAUCUCCAACGACAUGAGCGCAUCCACACAGGACAGAAGCCAUAUCACUGUGGACAGUGUGGGAAGAGUUUUAGUCAAAAGGGUCAUCUUCGGACACACAAGCGCAUUCACACAGGAGAGCGGCCGUAUGACUGUAGACAGUGCGGGAACAGUUUUAGUCAAAAGGGUCAUCUUCGGACACACAAGCGCAUUCACACAGGAGAGCGGCCGUAUGACUGUAGACAGUGCGGGAACAGUUUUAGUCAAAAGGGUCAUCUUCGGACACACCAGUGCAUUCACACAGGACAGAAGCCGUAUCUCUGUGGACAGUGUGGGAAGAGUUUUAUUUACCAGAGUUCUCUUCAACAACACCAGCGCAUUCACACAGGAGAGAAGUAUCACUGUGGACAGUGUGGGAAGAGUUUUACUUACCAGAAUGCUCUCCAACGACAUGAGCGCAUUCACACAGGUGUAAGGCCGUAUCACUGUGGACAGUGUGGGAAGAGUUUUAGUCGAGAGGGUAAUCUUCGGGAACAUGAGCGCAUUCACACAGGACAGAAGCCGUAUCACUGUGGACAGUGUGGGAAGAGUUUUAUUUACCAGAGUGCUCUCCAACGACACCAGCGCAUUCACACAGGAGAGAAGUAUCACUGUGGACAGUGUGGGAAGAGUUUUACUUACCAGAGUGCUCUCCAACGACACCAGCGCAUUCACACAGGAGAGAAGUAUCACUGUGGACAGUGCGAGAAGAGUUUUACUUACCAGAGUCAUCUCCAACGACAUGAGCGUAUUCACACAGGUGUAAGGCCAUAUCACUGUGGACAGUGUGGGAAGAGUUUUACUUGUCAGAGUAGUGUCCAACGACAUGAGCGCAUUCACACAGGUGUAAGGCCGUAUCACUGUGGACAGUGUGGGAAGAGUUUUAGUCGAGAGGGUAAUCUUCAGGAACAUGAGCGCAUUCACACAGGAGAGAAGCCAUAUCUCUGUGGACAGUGUGGGAAGAGUUUUAUUUACCAGAGUUCUCUUCAACAACACCAGCGCAUCCACACGGGAGAGAGGCCGUAUCACUGUGGACAGUGUGGGAAGAGUUUUAUUUACCAGAGUUAUCUUCAACAACACCAGCGCAUUCACACAGGAGAGAGGCCGUAUCACUGUGGACAGUGUGGGAAGAGUUUUACUUGUCAGAGUAGUGUCCAACGACAUGAGCGCAUUCACACAAGUGUAAGGCCAUAUCACUGUGGACAGUGUGGGAAGAGUUUUAUGCAAGAAAGCCAUCUCAAACAACACCAGCACAUUCACACAGGAGAGAGGCCAUAUCAUUGCUUGCAGUGUGGGAAAAGUUUUCGUGAACAGAGUACCUUCCACAGCCACCAGCAGAGUCAUACAGGACAGAAGCCGUACCUCUGCAGACACUGUGGACGGAGCUAUACUCAUUCAAGUUCGUUAAGGACACACAAGUGCUCUAACAUAAAGCCACCAGCUCUUGAUAUGUGAAUUUCUUAAAUUUAGAUACAUCUUUUUAAUUUUCCUCUUUUUUUUAUGGGAGGUUAAGGGAAAUUCUGGCAUAAAACUUUUCUUGCAAGGGACUUUAUUGCUUACUGUCCACUUUGUAGUAGAAUUCAUGUCAUUUUCCUGGUUUCACCUGAAUGCUAUGCACCAAGAAUGCAAUACAACAAUACAUAUUUAACCAAUGGCUGUCCCUACUUUAAUCGACCAAUGAUUUUUAAUUUUUUUUAAUGUGAGCUAGAAUUUUGUUUCUUAAAUGUCACAUUGUGCAUACUAUCGAACUGGACACCUUUCCAAGCCAAAAGAAGAUGAAUGUGUUUACAGGCAAUUUGAAGAGAUAAUUUCCAGUUGCUCUGGCUUUGCAGCGUUGGUUUAACUAUAGCUAAUUACCCUGUCUGGCCAAAAGUAUGGGGAUGCCAGACCACCACACCCAUAUAUGCCUUUUGAACAUCCUCUGAUGGAACUGCGUCCAAUCCAUGGUCCCUUGAACCCAGUGUUCCUGAUAAAGUUUUCAGAUUUACUACAACCCUGACCAGGAUAACAGUUAUGCAGUAAGGUCAAUGAAUGGAUUUUUGUUGUAUACAUGUUCAUUUUAAGAAGUAAGAUGAUGUUUGUAUGACCUGCAAGUCUUUUAUGCAGGAUCACUAUCACAAUUGUGGAUAUACAGUGAAUGGAGCAUUGAGAGAGUACAUUACCAGGGGUCUGUGUUUGAUGACCGCUUCACUUUGAUAAAUCACACGUUUAAUAAUGCACCAAAUUUAUACUUUCCUUAUUAAUCAACAAAAAUUCUCCAUAAUGCAAAUCAUAAACAGGUUUUCUCAUAGUUGUGUAAUAUCUUUUUAAAAAUCUGAAAUAUUACAU